AUGGCACCCAAGAAGAAGGUCGAGCGCGCUGCGCAAGAGAACAUCUCUCUCGGUCCCCAAGUCAGAGACGGCGAACUCGUCUUCGGCGUCGCUCGCAUCUUCGCCUCCUUCAACGAUACCUUCGUCCAUGUCACCGAUCUCUCCGGCCGCGAAACCAUCAGCCGUGUCACUGGCGGCAUGAAGGUCAAGGCAGACCGUGACGAAUCCUCUCCAUACGCAGCCAUGUUGGCGGCGCAAGAUGUUGCGGUGCGAUGCAAGGAGUUGGGCAUCACUGCUCUGCACGUCAAGAUCCGAGCGACUGGCGGUAACGGCACCAAGACCCCCGGCCCCGGCGCACAGUCCGCUCUCCGCGCUCUGGCACGUUCCGGCAUGAAAAUUGGUCGCAUUGAGGACGUCACCCCCACGCCCUCCGACUCGACGAGGAGAAAGGGUGGUCGCCGUGGUCGUCGUCUAUAG